UGAAGAAGGUGAGGAAGGAGAAGAGGAGGAGCUGGAAGGCGACGAGGAGGGGGAGGAAGAGGACGAUGCCGACGCGAGCCUCAAGGUGUAAUUUUUGUCUGUUAAUCAUGCGUUUCUAGAAGGAGCCCAGCCAGCCCUCGGAGUGCAAGCAGCAGUGAGCAGCGACUGUCGGCAGCGCCCACACCGACCUUGUUCAAGUGCAUGGUUUUCACCUCACUUCCUCUUUCCUUAUUAUUUUGCUUAACCUGUACAGCGGCCACUUACAUGCGUUUCAGAAGUAGGAGGUUUGAUCUAACCCGCACCCGCCGCGGCCUUGGGUGCAGCUCAGUAGACUUCCCCAGGCCCACCUUUGGGGGCCCGUAGACCACGUGGGGUGGGAGGGUCCCCGAGCCCAGGACAGAAGUCGGGAGUGUCUGCUCCCAUCUCUCAUUUGGAGACACACCCGCUUCGUGCCCAGCCACCUGGCCCUCUGUCUCCGCGGAGCCGGGGAGCAUCCGUGCUGCCGGGGGCUCUUACUUUGGUUUUCUUUUCCUCGGGGUGGGGGUGGGUCGUGGCGCCCACCGUGCUGAGGCGUCAGCGUGGGUGGUGCGUCCCGUAUUUAUUUGUUCCUCUGCGCUGUGAGCCUCGGGUGCGUGCUGGCGCUGGUCCUCAGGUUUCUGAAACCAUGUUUGUGACUGGAGACCUGGGGAGGGGACGGGGGGAGGUGGUGGCGGCUCCUCUGGGAGCCAGGCCUGUGUGGGAGGAAGCGCUCCCUCCUGCCACUGCGGCUGGUGGCGAGCUCCUCUCCUUGCUGUGGGGACCCCUCUUAGCCAGGCCAGGCCCUGUGCCCAUCUUCUGUGGGGAGGGCUGGGCUGGGCGGGGCACAGGUGUGCUCGUGUGUAGGUGUCGUGUCUCCUUAGCUCCCAUUUCUCAGCCCCACGUCCAUCGUGUCUUAAAGCCCUGGGUUCAGAGCGACCUGUUCUUGGCUGGCCUGUGGGGCUCCGAGUGUGUGACCGCAUUCCCUGGUCCCUGGUCCCUGGUGGCUGGCGACGGGCCCACGGCGGGCGCACGGACCAGGCCUGGGGAGUGCUCAGCCUUAUUCCUUAGACACAUUUGUAACUGAAGAUGCUGUUUUCGAUUUGUACAGACUAGUUAGAGUAUCUAUUAAAGUGGUGAAACCUGAGCCUGCCUGCGUCUCUCUGUGGGGUGGGGAGAGGGUGGUCGCACUCCCCGCAGCUCUGAGGUGUGGCAGAGGCCGGACCCCGUGGCUGGUUUUCCUUUUGUUCCUCAGGCUGCGUGUAGUUGCCUGUUGGUCUCCAGGCCCCGGGGAGCCCUGUGCUGGCUCCUCACCCUGCACGAGAGGGCGGGCUCCUCCCGGAACCCCGGCCUGAGGAUGCUGCUCGGGCCUUGUUCCCCCGCCCCGCCCCCGAAGGAGGCUGCAGAGGGAGCCUGGCGCUGGCCGCUGGGCCUCGGUGGUGAGCACAUGUUCACAGGAAUUGCAGGGUCAGAGAUGCUGCGCAGAGCGUGUCCCGGGUCAUUGGCAGGGAAGCGCUGGGCCUCUUGGGGAACAGUCUUCCAGGGAAAGCCUCUCCCACUGCCCCAAUCACCAUGGCAGCUCCCAUUCCCAUACGGAGCACUGCACCCAAGGGAGAGGCUGAGAGCUGGAGGCUGCCCUCUGUUCUUCAGGAAAGUGGGCGUGUCCCUGGGACUGAGCCUCUGGGUGGGCGAGUGUGCUCCGGGCGGCAUACACUCCGCUCCCGUACGCUCCGCUCCCGUAUACUCCGCUCCCAUACACUCCGCUCCCAUACACUCCCCUCCCAUACACUCCGCUCCCACUCCCAUACACUCCUCUCUGGGCAGCAUACACUCCGCUCCCAUACACUCCUCUCUGGGCAGCAUACACUCCGCUCCCAUACACUCCUCUCUGGGCAGCAUACACUCCGCUCCCAUACACUCCUCUCUGGGCAGCAUACACUCCGCUCCCAUACACUCCUCUCUGGGCAGCAUACACUCCGCUCCCAUACACUCCUCUCUGGGCAGCAUACACUCCGCUCCCAUACACUCCUCUCUGGGCAGCAUACACUCCGCUCCCAUACACUCCUCUCUGGGCAGCAUACACUCCGCUCCCAUACACUCCUCUCUGGGCAGCAUACACUCCGCUCCCAUACACUCCUCUCUGGGCAGCAUACACUCCGCUCCCAUACACUCCUCUCUGGGCAGCAUACACUCCGCUCCCAUACACUCCUCUCUGGGCAGCAUACACUCCGCUCCCAUACACUCCUCUCUGGGCAGCAUACACUCCGCUCCCAUACACUCCUCUCUGGGCAGCAUACACUCCGCUCCCAUACACUCCUCUCUGGGCAGCAUACACUCCGCUCCCAUACACUCCUCUCUGGGCAGCAUACACUCCGCUCCCAUACACUCCUCUCUGGGCAGCAUACACUCCGCUCCCAUACACUCCUCUCUGGGCAGCAUACACUCCGCUCCCAUACACUCCUCUCUGGGCAGCAUACACUCCGCUCCCAUACACUCCUCUCUGGGCAGCAUACACUCCGCUCCCAUACACUCCUCUCUGGGCAGCAUACACUCCGCUCCCAUACACUCCUCUCUGGGCAGCAUACACUCCGCUCCCAUACACUCCUCUCUGGGCAGCAUACACUCCGCUCCCAUACACUCCUCUCUGGGCAGCAUACACUCCGCUCCCAUACACUCCUCUCUGGGCAGCAUACACUCCGCUCCCAUACACUCCUCUCUGGGCAGCAUACACUCCGCUCCCAUACACUCCUCUCUGGGCAGCAUACACUCCGCUCCCAUACACUCCUCUCUGGGCAGCAUACACUCCGCUCCCAUACACUCCUCUCUGGGCAGCAUACACUCCGCUCCCAUACACUCCUCUCUUGCUCCUGUACACUCCGCUCCCAUACACUCCUCUCCCAUAUACUCCGCUCCGGGCGGCAUACACUCCGCUCCCAUACACUCCGCUCCCAUACACUCCGCUCCGGGCGGCAUACACUCCGCUCCCAUACACUCCUCUCCCAUACACUCCGCUCCGGGCGGCAUACACUCCGCUCCCAUACAGUCCGCUCCCACUGGGCAGCAUACACUCCGUUCCCAUACACUCCGCUCUGGGCAGCAUACACUCCUCUCCGGGCGGCAUACACUCGUGGUUUGAAAUGGCCCGGAGACCGGUCAGGUCGGCUCCUGCCCACAGUGGACUUGGGCCAAGAACAGGGGCGCCCAGGGGCCGUGAGGAACCGGAUCUGGAUGUGAUGGAGUGGAGCCGGGAAGAGGCGGAGCCUCGCGUGCACCCUCGUGUGGGUGUGUGUGCAGUGAUGACGUUGGGAAGCCACAGGCUAAACAGGAAGCUGGAGGGGUGGGCUGCCUGGGUCAGGUGGGCAGGAAAAGCAGGUGCUGGCCGCUCUGUGUCCUCCGUGCGGAGCCCUGCAUCGCGGUCGCACGGGACCACGGGGGAGGCAGAGAUGGGGUGCUCAGAGGCGUGGGUUCUCUCCCUGUGGGGUGUGGGGUGUGAGGACAGGCUCCGGCUGCUGUUCUGUACACGGGAUGGGGACUCGAGCCCAUGCCCAGAGGCGGAGCUCUCCCUGGCCACCCACUGGCUCAGCCUCGGCGAACAGCAGGGCCGGUCAUGGCGCUAUCCUCUGCCCUCCCACGUCUCCCCCUCCUGGGCAGUCAGAGGAAAGGGAAGGUGGUUCUCCAGUGGCCAGGGGGCCGGGACCUGUCUCGGUGGAGGCCACUGGUGGUCACAGGCCUCGAGGACACCGCGGAGGCUGCUCUGGUCCUUGCCAGGAGCGCUGGGCAGUCACGGGGCACUCAGGUUUGCCCAGAGCCCCAGCCAGGGGCCCAGGGAAGGUGACUCUUGCACCACUCCGGGUGGCCACCGGCCUGGCCUAGGGCCCACUCGGCCUGGGCGCUGCAGCCACCCAGGACCCAUCCUGCCCGUCUGGCUGCUGCUUCUGUCCCCAGUCCCUGUACUGCCUUACGCCCAGCCACCAGCCCAGCCCCCCUCUGGGCCCAGACGUCACCAUGCUUUCUGGUGACCAGGAGGGUGUCCAAGGCCACCUCCCAUCCCUGGCCCCUGCUGCCCUCGCCCGCCCUCGGUCCUUAGGGCGACUCCCCAGGCCGCCCUUGUUCUGUCCGAGGCUGUGGGGCCUCCCUCGACCCAGGUGUCGCCUGUCACACAAGACUGGCCUGGGUCCCGCUGCCCUCUGAGCUCUCCUGGCACCUCACCUGGGAGGGGCUCCCCUCCCCCAGGCAGCUCAGUGCUUCCGCCAGGUGCCAGCAGUAAAGGUGGGGUGCUGGCAAUGCUGUGUACCCCACAACAGAGUGGCCCCAACAUCAGGACCCCCACAACACAGGGAUCUCGAAAGCAUGACCUAAAGGAGGGUGGGCGGGCCGGUGGGGACCGGGUCUGACCUCGGACCUGCUCAGCACCUGCUGGGGUGGGCGGGGCCCUGUCCGGAGAAGGAAGUGGUCACACAGGUGUGUUCGUUUGUCAGCUGGACUGGCCUCAGGUGGGUCCACGUGGUUUAUGGGUGUGAUUUACACCUCAUUGGAGCUCAUUUUUCAAAAGCCCCCGCAUUGGGGGGUUCCACUUAAAAGGCUUGUUUUCCUCUUGAGGGGUCAGGAGUUGUGGUCACCCACCGCCUGGCAGCAGCCUCUGUCCACCCCUGCGGUGGCCAGGCAGCUCAGCAGGUGCCGGCUCAUGGCUCCUGUUGGCUCCUGUCUCAUGGUGCAGGGGCCCAGCCAGCCCCUCAGCCCAGGGCUCCUGUUCUCAGAGGGGUUUGCUGGGAGGCUCCUCCAGGCCUUG